GUCUGUCAGUUGGCAGCAAUGUUAUUUUGACGCAAUAUGUACUUUUGAUCCAUUAUGAAUUUGUUCUAAGCCCAAUUAAUCGCAAUAAAACUAUAUUUACACUAAUUAAAUUUGCGCAGCAAACUUAAAAGUGUGUUCUACGUCGUGUGUCCAUCAUUUUGGGAUCAAAAACACGCAGUUUGCGUGUUGGAACUGAGCAAAAAUGACGAUUGAAGGUAACAAGGACGAGGCUGACAAGUGCAUAGAGAUCGCUCAAAGUGCUUUUUCUAGUGGAAAUGUUGAGAAAGCUGAGAAGUUUUUGCUGAAGGCCGAGCGUUUGUACCCUACGCCUCGCGCUAAAGAGCUUUUGACGAGGGUGAGAGCUGCCGCGGCUUCUGGAAAUGUACCAAAGAGGACACCACCUAGCAGUCCAGGGCCCGAAGAGGUUCGGAGGAGGAAACCACCAGCUCACCAGCCUCCCCAGAGGGAAUACACCUCGGAUCAGCUCGACGCAGUGCGCAGGGUCAACACCAAGUGCAAAGACUAUUAUGAAAUCUUGGGAGUAACCAAAGAAGCAACGGACUCGGACAUCAAGAAGGCGUACAAGAAGUUGGCGCUGCAGCUCCAUCCGGACAAGAAUCAUGCGCCUGGAGCUGCUGAGGCCUUCAAGGCCAUAGGCAACGCAGCGGCCAUACUAACAGACGCAGAGAAGCGCAAACAGUACGACGUGCGAGGCGAGGAGCCGACGCACGCGCCGCAACAGCAGCAGUACUACGCGCGCGGCUUCGAGUCGGACUUGACGGCGGAGGAGCUAUUCAACAUGUUCUUCGGCGCUACUGGUCAAUAUUACGCCUUCCCCGGCGGCGGCCCGACCGUCUACACGCGCCGCCGCGCCCGCGAGCCGGAACCUCGUGAGGCCCACGCCGGCAUCGUCCAGCUGCUGCCAGUCUUGGUGCUGGUGCUGCUGUCGAUGAUGUCUGGGUUCUUCAUCUCCGAGCCGGUGUUCAGCCUCACGCCAAGUUCCAAGUACCCGGUGGCGAGGGAGACGGUCAACCUCAAGGUCAGUGUGGUGUAAAAAGCAAGGAGUAAC